AUGGCAUCAUACGAAAAUGUUUUGGCCACAAGUGGUGUUCGGGUCUCGCUCCUAGCAUUUGGAACUUUUGAUGGAAGUGUUUCCUUUGGGUAUUAUGUUGAUAAUGACAUCAAGACUUGGAAAGAAAUAUCGUUUGAACAAGUGACUGGCAAAAUGUAUUGGAUCCCCAAGUUGUUCAAGGAUCCAGAGUCCAAAAAUGAUUUACUUUUAGUUACACAACCAACGGGGAAUACUGCUGUGUUCAAUUUAUUAAUUGAAGCCAAUGAUGGUAAUGUUAAUAUUUCAUUAGAACCAAAGGGACAUCUCAAUGGUGGGAAUGAAUCAUUCCCCAUGUCAUGUGCUGUAUCUGAAACAGAAACCCCUAAAGCAGCAGUAGGAUACGUGGAUGGAGAUGUUAUAUUAUAUGAUUUAAAGGAUUUGAGUCCACUUUUCACCUUCCAUACCACUGAUUUACAAACCGGUUCCAAUGACUCCAAUUCUAUUCCUAGAGCAUUGGUUUUCUCUCCUGGAGGGCUAUUACUUGCAGUGGCCCGUGAUAUACAAUCUUCAGGGUCAAUUACCUUAUAUGAUAUGAAAUAUGGUGAGAAUGUGGGUCAAUUGACUACCCCUACUCAUUCUAGCAAGGCAGCAGUUGGUGGGUUUGCUCAUUCCGGUUGGAUCAUGGGUCUUUCAUUCAAUGAAGAUGGUAGUUUACUUGCUAGUGGAGGAUUUGAUAGCUGUGUUCGUUUUUGGAAUAUUGAUACCAGAGAAAGAGAAGCCACCAUUCAGAUUUCAGUUACAGAUUUAGACAAUACUCUGAAGAUUGGUGAAAUGGAUCAAAGUAUAGUUAGUGGCGUACAAUUCAUUAAUAAAGGUGUGCGUUUUGGUGCUGGUGGAGAUAGCAACCAAGGGGUAUGUAUCAUAAGUUUUGAUAGAGGUGUGAGAUGGUAUAGAGAAGCCGGAGGUAUUUAG